CAAUCAUGGCCGCUGGACUCAAGACCAUCAUCGCACUUUCCUUUGUUCUCGCAAUUGGUUUCCUCCUCGUUAUCCUCUCUUCCGCGCUAUGGCACAGGUACUGGCCGCUGCUGGUGGUCGGCAUCUACGUUGUCGCGCCGCUUCCCAACUGGAUCUGCCAACGAUGCGCAAACCCAGAUGAUUUUAUGGACAGCUCGAGCAACUCCGCGAUGGACUUUGGACGAUUCAUGACCGGAUUUUUGGUUCUUACUGGCAUCGCACUUCCCAUUGUCCUCGCCCACAGCGGCGCAAUCGAGAUUCCAGCAAUGAUCAUGUCGAUUAUCGGAGGUCUAUUGAUUUAUGGCACCAUUAUUAGUUUCUCAAUGUUCUUCCAGGAACAGGAAGAGUUCUGAUCACC